AUGACAAGAGAGAAGAAAACUGGAGGAGAGAAAGAAGGAAAAAAGAGAGAAGGAAAGGGAGAGGGGAGAGAGAAGAGAGAAGGAAAGGAAAGAAAAAAGAAGAAUAAAAAAAGAAAGAGGAGAGAGGAGAGAGGAGUGAACUCAGGAAGAGGAAGAAUAGAUGUGAGCCGUUCAAAUCAAUCGCACGGUCAAAAAUUCAACUUCGUAACAAAUCCGCAUUGUGGGAGUUCGCAAUGGAGAAGCGCCCUAUAUAUAUAUUUGAAAAAAAAAUUCAUACUUAAUACUUCAAUGUCAUAA